GAUAUAAAGAGCAAUUUCAAUCUAUUUAUAUGUAUGCAAUCGUUGAAGGUUGGUAUUACAGUGUAGAAUCAGACCGCUGAAUAAAUUUUGCUAAACAAAGAUAAUGUCAGAGCAGCAUCAUCACGGUCCUCCACCGCCCUACUACCCUCCACCUCCACAGCCAAACGUUCACGGGCCUCCCCCACAUAGUCACGGACCUCCGCCACAAUGUUUUGGACCCCCUCUUCAUACUCAUGGGAUACCCCCACCUCAUACACAUGGAAUACCCCCUCCUUAUACUCAUGGGCCACCUCCUGAAAGUCACGGGCCACCCCUACAUGGUCAUGACUCUUCUUAUGAUGUUCCACCUCCACCUGGACCAGUUCUUAAUGCUCCUCCACAGUAGUAAAUUACCUACUUAAUUUGUUCGUAGGAUCGCAGACAACUUUUACUGGUUCUAAGUAACCUGGAAAUAAUCACCUGUUAGAACCGAUGAUACAUUUUGCACGUAUUAUAAGUUUAUACCAAUUGUGUGAUUAAUCUUAUCAUAUUUGUGUUUGUUUAAAAAUAAAAUUUUUAAAGGUU